ACACUAAUCAAGGCUUCCCCACAAAAAAAAAAAAAUGCUUACUUCAUAUUGGUUCAUGUUUUCCUUGUUAAGUGUCUUGUCUCCUUUUGCUUCUUCAACUUCUAAUUCUGUACCAUAUGUGGGUUCUAAUCAGCUCAAAUUUUGGAAAGAAAAUGUUGUCAAUGACAUGCCUCAGGCUCUUGUUUCUAAAUUGUCUCCAAUGAACAAGAUUGACUCUGAAUAUUACACUUCAUUAGUGUCCAAAGGGUCGUUCUCUUUUGAUGCCCAAAGUUGCUUGGUUGCUGAUAUCUUUUGUACUUCCGACACUAAUGCCUUAGGUGCCCUUCUUGCCAGAUCAGUCAAAAUCUAUAAAAUUUAUGCGUCCAAAAUCCCUGAUCAAGCCAAAGUUUAUGCAUCCAAAAUCCCUGAUCAAGCCAAAGUCUAUGCUUCCAAAGUCCCAAAUCAAGCCAAAGUUUAUCCCUCGAAAAUCCCUGACCAAGCUAAGGUCUACGCGUUCAGAAUCCCUGACCAAGCCAAGGUCUAUCCGUCCAAAAUCCCUGACCAAGCCAAGGUCUAUCCGUCCAAAAUCCCUAACCAAGCCAAGGUCUAUCUGUCCAAAAUCCCCGAUCAAGCUAAGGUUUAUGCUUCCAAAAUUCCCAACCAAGCCAAGGUCUAUCCAUCCAGAAUACCUGAUCAAGCCAAGGUCUAUGCAUCCAGAAUUCCUGAUCAAGCCAACGUCUACUUAACUAAAAUACCCGAUCAAGCAAAGGUUUAUGCAACUAGAAUCACUGAUCAAGCCAAGGUCUAUCCGUCCAGGAUCCCAGACCAAGCCAAGGUCUAUGCAACCAGAAUCCCUGACCAAGCUAAAGUCUAUGCAACCAGAAUUCCUGAUCAAGCCAAAGUUUAUGCAACUUCACACUCAAAUCAUGAUCACCUUGGAGAAGUCUCUUUCUUCAGAGUCUCUAACCUCAAACCUGGAAACACAAUCCCUCUUGACAACUUGGAGAACCCAUUCCCUCAUCGCUCAUUUCUUCCUUCUCAAAUUGCCUCAAAUAUUUCCAUUAACUCAAACCACCUCCAACAUUUAUUCCCUCAAACUUUCUCUUCCCCAUUAACAAAAGAUACAACACAAACUACCAUCCUCAGUUGCAAUGCACCUACUUUAAAAGGAGAAGUAAAAAAAUGUGCAAAAUCCUUAGAAGAAAUGAUAGAGUUCUCAAAGACUAUCUUGAAAAAAAAUCAUCUAAUUGCGUUAACAACAAAUAGCAAAGAAGGGUCAGGAGGGGAACUUAGAAUUGAGAAACUCCAUAAAAUUAAUUCCCAAAAAAGUGUCUCAUGCCAUGAGAUUUUUCUUCCUUUUGCUACUUAUUUUUGCCAUUUGCUCUCUUCAACUAAUAUUUAUGUUGUGGAUUUAGUUGAUUUAAACACUAAUGCUCAUGUUAAUAGAGCAUUGGCUGUUUGUCAUAAGAAUACUUCUUCAUUGCCAGCUGAUCAUCCAGCUUUCAGAAUGUUGAAUAUUUUACCUGGGAAAGGAGAAGCUUGUCAUUGGAUGUCACAAGCUGAUCUUGUUUGGGUUGGAGAUGAUGUACAUGCAUGAAAAAGAAUGUCUUUUAAGCUUUGAUUUCUGCCAAUGGAUUGUCUUUGUUUGUUUGUUUGUUUUAGGAAUAGUAAGGCAGGGUGUAUUGUAAUGGAAAAAUAAGCUCAUCCUUACUUUCCCUUUCUUGUGUUGUACAGUUAUUUUUAUUCAGUGUAGUGUGAUGUUUCUAAUAGAAAAUGAUAUUUCCAUUGUUGUUUGUGUCA